AUGACUACACUACAUCGGUGGCACACGUUAUAUAGAAUAGUCAUUGUGGAACUUUUGUUUUUCUUUGCCAGAGCUCCAAGCGUGGAGGUCGUGGCUAUCGCUGGACAUGCUGCCAGUCUGAAACAUCAUUCUCUAUGCCACGGAAUAUCACACUCGCAGGCUGGGACUCGAGAGAAGGCCCUGUGCACACGAGUUCCUGUGGCCAGAGUCCUGGGAAGUGCACAUCUAUUGGACAAAACACCCACCUUCUGCACCAACACUCUUGUGAAAUACAAAUAUACAAAUACAGGGAGGGUACACCAUGCCCAAAUUGCAGCAAGAUUGCUGCCCUCAUACACCUGGGAAUUGAAGUCCAAGAUUAUGGAUAAGGAUAACCACACUCUUCUGCAGCACUCGACCAGGUGGAUGUCCAGCGCCCCUCCUGGAGUCCCCACAGCAGACAGCUCUCGCUAUGAACACCUCCUUGUCACACUCCAUGAAGGUGUCAGGACUAUCACCUUCAACAGGCCUGAGAAGAAGAAUGCACUUAAUGAGAAGGUUGUUAUUUUUUAGUUAUUUUUUAUUUUUU